CACUAGGGGUUAAAAGUUUGGACAACCAAAUAUUAUUAUGCAUCACCUACAUCUUAAACCGGUUUCAAAUAGCAAUGAUUUAGAUCUCUGUUCCGAAUCAUUUCUAUUUUAGCGUGUUCGAAAUGAUGAUUCUGCAACGUUAGAGCUCCCUACCUGUACCUACAUUACUUUCAUUUGGCUCCGAGGGGCGAGGUUCAAUUUUUUUUGUUGGAAAAAUGAAUUCAGAAUCUAAUGCCAGUAUGGAUCACGGAAUCGAACAAGCAGAUGACCACCUGAAAAUGAACGAAGAAAAAAAAACCUUGUUACCACCAAAAAGAUCAUCCGUUUUGGAUCAUUAUUCCAUAUCAUUUGAACAACUGAUGUUCGUUAUCAUUAUAGUAUUACCGGCAUUACCAGCUGGAGUGUCAGUCGGAUUCUCAGCCAUUGCUCUUCCUGAACUGAAUUUAAAUUUGAUACAAUCUUCGUGGUUCGCGAGCUUGCCUACACUAGGUGCCAUACUUGGGAACUUCAUAACUGGUUACGUAAUCGAUAGAUUCGGAAGAAAAUUGGCUUUUUUUGUCAACACCAUACCGGCAUUUAUCGGAUUCGCUUUUCUGGCUGGUUCUCCAAAAGUGGUUCAUCUUUACAUUGGUCAAACAUGUAUAGGAAUAUCUCAAGGUGCAGUUACUUUUGUAGCAACUGCAUACAUAGCAGAAAGCUUAGCGCCAGAUAAUUUGCAUUUUAGGAGCAGUUUGGCAUCGUGGAAUAUAUUGGGCGUUACUCUGGGCUUAUCUAUCACGUAUGUUUUAGGUUAUUUGUUUCAUUACGAUGGUGUAGCUUUGAUUGCCGCUUCAGUCGCAUUGCUAUCAUCGAUAUUAAUACUUGUUUUUGUACCCGAAAGUCCAGCUUGGCUUGAUCAACAGGGAAGGUUUAAGGAAGCUCAACAAGCUAGGUAUCAAUUAGGUUGCGAACGUUUUGACAUAGAAUCAUCGACAAGUUAUAAACCCAUCAGCGACGACAUAAACGUAGAUGAAACCCUUUUCUCAUACUUGCUGAAAGUUAGGAGAAAAGAUGUAUAUAUGCCACUGUUGGUUACAACAGCGUACUUCUUUUUUCAACAAUUCUCUGGUACGCAAGUCUACUCCGCAUAUAUGGUGGAAAUCAUCACCGUCAAAUCAUUAACUAUCGAUUCUUAUUUAACCACUCUUAUAUGUGGUCUCAUCAUGGCAAUGGGUCAGAUUUCCUACACUUCUUUUCUGCCACGAAUGGGGGUGAGAAAAAUUGCAAUUACAUCGUCACUAGUGGCAAGUUCGACCACGUUAGUAUUGGGAAUAUGCAAUCAUUUGAGUAGCACUAUCACAGUGUAUCCUUACAUUGUCGACUACAUCCACAUCCUUGCUGUUUGGUGUAAUGUAUUCUUCAGUGCAAUGGGUAUUGCAACAGUUCCCUAUACGAUAAUAGGUGAGAUUUUCCCAGCAGAUGCUAAAGGUUUCGGGUCAGUUGCCGUCUUCGCCGUGAAUUUGUUUUAUUUCAUCAAUUUAAUGAUAUACCCUCAAGCAGUAGUGCUCUCAUCUUAUGCCAUUUUCUACGUAUAUGCUAUAAUAGGUUUUCUAGCUGUGCCAUUCAUAUAUUACUGUAUCCCAGAAACAGUUGGACGAACUCUAGAGCAACUUUCCUCUGACUUUUCUUCGUAACAUUGCACUUGGUAUCUAACUAAAACUAUCUAUACCUAACGAGGGAUUUGAGGUGUCACACUCCGAUUUGAACGGGACCGCGAUUUUUGGAAAGAGCAUAGUCUAAAACCCUGAAAACCAAAUUUUCAGCUGCCCAAGUUCAUUUUUCGAUUUUUGGCGAAUUUUUGGAAAUUCAAAAUUGACUGUUUUUGGCGAUUUAUGCAUUUUUUUUUUUUAAAGUACGUACUUGAUCAUUAAAAAUGGUCAAAAUAAGCCCCAAAACUAAUAUUAAUUACCCAAAUCCGAAUUUUACGAUUUUCCAGCCAUUCUGGAGCCUCCAGCGCGAUUUUUCAAUUUCUCCUGAGGCGAUUUUGAGAGUGCUGAAGAGUGGUUUUUUGACCAGCUUUUUUCAAAAUUAAAAAAUCAAAAAAAUCAAAAGAUAACGGUUUGUGAGGAAAUUUUUGAAAUUCGCGCGAAUCGCUGUAUUUUUUCAAGAACUAACCUCCGGAGCGCAAAUUCUACCAUUUCCAGCCGUUUUGGAGCGAGUGUGACACCUCAAAAAACCACUCUUGAGGUGUCACUCUCAAAAUCGGCUCAAAUGUGGAUUAACUCGUUAAACAGGUCCAGUAUAAUACACACCUCGAUUUUUAGCUGCCCAACUGCAUAUCCACGCCUUCUGGAGCAAAUUCAUAAUUCUGGAGAAAUUGAAAAUCGCGCUGGAGGCUCCAGAAUGGCUGGAAAUUGUGAAAUUUGGAUUUGGGGGGUUAGUUACGGACAAAACACAGCGAUUCGCGCUCAUUUCAAAAAUUUCCUCACAAACGGGAAACUUUUGAUUUUUUUGAUUUUUUAAUUUUGGAAAAAUCUGGUCAAAAAACCACUCUUCAGCACUCUCAAAAUCGCCUCAAAUGUGGAUAAACUCGUUAAACAGGUCGAGUGUAAUAUACAACUCGAUUUUUAGCUGCCCAACUUCAUAUUCACGCCUUCUGGAGCAAAUUCGAAAUUCUGGAUAAAUUGAAAAUUCGCGCUGGAGGCUCCAGAAUGGCUGGAAAUAGUAAAAUUUGGAUUUGGGUAAUUGAUAUUAGUUUUGGGGCUUAUUUUGACCAUUUUUACUGAUCAAGUACGUACUUUUAAAAAAAAAGCAUAAAUCGCCAAAAACAGUCAAUUUUGAAUUUUCAAAAAUUCGCCAAAAAUCGAAAAAUGAACUUGGGCAGCUGAAAAUUUGGUUUUCAGGGUUUUAGACUAUGCUCUUUCCAAAAAUCGCGGUCUCGUUCAAAUCGAAGUGUGACACCUCAGGAGGUUCCAUUUAAGAUAAAUAUUAUAAGGUAUGGUAUUCUUUCUAGUCGUUUUGUUCAGUGAUGGCAAAACUUUUUCAUUUCAGUUCAAGUUUUUAGUUUUUAGUUUCAGUUUUAUUUUUUUCAGUUCAUGUUUUCAGUUUUUAGUUUCAGUUUUAUUUUUUUCAGUUCAAGUUUUCAGUUUUUAGUUUCAGUUUUACUUUUUUCAGUUCAAGUUUUUAGUUUCAGUUUUCAGUUUUGAUUUUUUCAGUUCAAGUUUUUAGUUUCAGUUUUUCAUUUCAGUUUCAGUUUUCACUUUUCAUCAUUUAUUAAGGUUCGAAACAAAAUGAAAAAAAAAAUUCUUUUCUUUCAUGAAUUUUUUCAUAUUCAUACAUUAAUUUAAUAGUCCGGGAGCCCACUUAAGGAUAAAUUGCACCCCCUCGUCGAUCCUCCGGGACAACUUUUUUCAAGGGGAAGUCCUGAGGAACAUUUCUAGCCCUUGUACUCAAAAAAAAACUUGGCGCUACUUACAAAAUGGUGUCCAUUUUGAUUGACAGGUGAGCUGAAAUCGCAGAUUUCGUGUUCCAACAUAGGACUUGCACAACAUUUUUUGAACUAUACAAAGGUAGAUCGAAAGAUCAAGUAAAAAUUUAUCACCUGUCAAAAUUUCAAGUGCUAAAGUACGUUUUUCGAUUUUUGGUGAAUUUUUGAAAAUCAAAUUUAGGCCAAAAAUGAGGGAAAAAAUCAAAAUUUUACCAAAUAGACCAAGAAAGCUGAAAUUUGGGACACACCCUAUUUUCGACAUGACAAAUCGAUUGGAAACUGUUUCAAACCGGUUCGAGCAGUUCUGGAGCCUCCAGCAGAUUUUUGAAACUCGAAAUUCCCACAAAAUUUCACCAACAUGGAGUUGGAAAGCUGAAAUUUAUUCUGUAAGGAGCCUCCAUCAGAUUUUUGAAAAUUUAAAUUUUUACAAAAUUUCAUCAAAUGGCGAUGGAAAGCUUAAAUUUACUCUACACUCCAAUUUUAACAUCCUCUGAAGACGACUUCAAGUGGGUCCAAAUCAUUUUGGAGCCUCCCAACGACUUUUUGAAAAUUACUGGAGCCUCCAGUAGAUUUUUGAAACUUGAAAUUCCCGAAACAUUUUACCAAAUGGAGUUGGCAAGCUGAAAUUUACUUCGCAAACUAAUUUCAAUACAAUAUUAAGUCGACUACAUGGUGGUUUCAAGUGAUUUUAAAUGAUUUUGAAGUUUCCAGCUACUUUUUGGAAAUUUCAAUUUUCCAAAAAACACCACAUGACCUCUCAAAAAAUCGCUGGAGGCUCAAAAACGUCUUGAAAUCCGCCAACAGACGACUUCGUAGCGUAUUGAAAUUAGUUUGCAGAAUGAAUUUUGACUUUCCAUCUCCGUUUGAUGAAAUUUUUAGGAAAUUUAUAAAGUUUCAAAAAUCUGAUGGAGGCUCCAGUAAUUUUCAAAAAGUCGCCGGAGGCUCCAAAACGACUUAAAAUCCCCCUGCAGUUGACUUCGUAGCGUAUUGAAAUUAGUUUGCAGAGUAAAUUUCGGCUAUCCAACUCCAUUUGAUGAAAUUUUGUGGGAAUUUCGAGUUUUAAAAAUCUGCCGGAGGCUCCAGAACUGCUCGAAACGGUUUGAAACAGUUUCCAAUCGAUUUGGCAUGUCGAAAAUAGGGUGUAUCCCAAAUUUCAGCUUUCUUGGUCUAUUUGGCGACAUUUUGAUUUUUCCUCUCAUUUUUGGCCAAAAUUUGAUUUUCAAAAAUUCGCCAAAAAUCGAAAAACGUACUUUAACACUUGAAAUGUUGACAGGUAAUAAAUUUUUGCUUGAUCUUUCGAUCUACCUUUGUACAGUUUGAAAAAUUUUGUGCAAGCCCUAUGUUGGAACGCAAAAUCUGCGAUUUCGACUGACCUGUCAAUCAAAAUGGCCACCAUUUUGUAAGUAGGGCCACUUUUUUUUUGAGUACAAGGGCUAGAAAUAUUCCUUAGGACUCCCCCUUCAAGAAAAAAGUUGCCCCGGAGGAUCGACCGGGGGGGGGGGUGCAAUUUAUCCUCAAGUGCGCUCCCCGACUAUAAUCUAAUUUGCUACUUGGCAACAGAAACUUCAUAUUUCAAAUUCAAACAUUUCAAACUCAAAAAUUAAGUAUGAAUAAAUAAAAUCCUGGGCUGGGGGCUGAAAAAAAGACAAGUUGAUAGUAGGUAUGCUACUUGGAAGGAGGAUUGCAUCGUCCUUUUGCCGACAGUAAAUUGUUAUUUUGCCACAAUAAUUGAAAUUUUAUAAUUUACGAUCCAGUAGUUCAGUUCAUCAGUUCAGUUCAUCAGUUCAGUUCAUCAGUUCUGUUCAGAAAAAGUGAAAAAUUUGCAUUUUUUGUAUACUUACAAGUAGCAUCUAGAAUGGCCCCAGCCCCAGCAAAGCAAGGCCAAAAGUUUUCAGUUUUGGAAAAUUUGUGAUUUAAAAAGUAGAAAGUAGAACAAUAUCAAUUUUAAUGAAAAAAUUAGGUUUUUUUGACCCAGGCUGGCAACUCAACGAGGGCAAAAGAUUGGAUAAUUUGUUGUUUAAAAAAUUAGAACAAUAUCAAUUUUAUUGGUAGAAUUUGCCAUUCGGUUUUUCUGAAUUCAACUUUUUCUAAAUUUCAUCAAUGGUUUUUUCAAACUCUGACUUCUGACUCUUAGCGGAAAGAAGGGGUUCAAUUCAAAUUGGCCCGAGCGAAGCGAGGCAAAAGCUUUUGAAAAAAAUGAAAAUUUUGAAAAUAGAUUGAUGAUUUUGUCGACAAAAUUCAGUGAAUGGCAAAACUUUUACAUUUCAGUUCAAGUUUUUAGUUUUUAGUUUCAGUUUUAUUCAGGGGUGCUAACCGUAACCGCAAAAAACCGAAAACCCAAACCCAAACCCAAAUAAGAUCCAUAAUUUUAGCCAUUUUCAAACCCAAACUGAAAACAAAAACCGAAAUUUCAUAGGUUUUUUAAAAACCGUAAAAAACCAGAACGAAAAUAAUGAAGCAGCGUGAGUGAAACCGAAACCUAAACCGAUAUAAUUUAUUUCGGUUAUUUUCGGUUUUCAGUUUGGGUUUUUUUCGGUUUUUUAAGGUUUUCUGUUGGGUUUUUUUCGGUUUUUUAAAUUUUUUUGGGGAGAUUUUUUCUAAUUUUUGACUUUUGAGACUCGAAAGUCGAAAUCCAGGGAAAUUGAUAAAUAUAAUGAACUGAACCUAACAAAUUCGGUCCUUGGUUGUUGCUGUUUGGGUUGCGAAGAAAUUUUUUAAAAAAAUAUGUAAAACCCAAAAAAACCGAAAACCGAAACCAAAACUGGAAUUUUUGUGAGUAAAACCGAAACCCAAACUGAAACCGAAAUUUUGAAUUUCAAAACCGAAACUGAAAUCAAAACCGAAAAAUGUCAACAAAAAAAUUGGAGUGAAACCGUAACCUUAAUUAAAUAAUUAAGGUUAGCACCCCUGGUUUUAUUUUUUUCAGUUCAAGUUUUUAUUUUUCAGUUUCAGUUUUAUUUUUUUCAGUUCAAGUUUUUAGUUUUCAGUUUCAGUUUUUCUCAUUUCAGUUCUAGUUUCAGUUUUAGUUUCAGUUUCUCCAUUUCAGUUCAAGUUUUCAACCAGUUUCAGUUUCAGUUUCAGUUUCAGUUUUCCAUCACUGGUUUUGUUGUAUUUUAAAGAUAUUCUGUCAACGUUAAUUUGAAUUUUGUAAAGUAUUGUAUUAUGUAUAUUAUGUUGAAUAUUUUAAAAAUUGAAUAAAGAAUCGAUGAAAAAUUCUGCCUUUAUGAAUUAUUUGGAAUUUUAAAACUGAAAACGAAGAAAACAAACUAGGAACAAUUUCAACUAAUAUAAAAUAUGAGUAUACGAAUUAUGAACUUGUAAAGGGAACAACUCAACGAGAGAAAUGAAAAUAGGGGUGUCAUGCUCAAGUGCUGUAAUGCGAAUAGACAGACACGCACUACAAGUACAUACAAGAGUACUCGAAACCGUUUACAUAAAAGCACGUUUUAUGGCUGAAUCGAUUUUACAAUAAGUGAUAAUGUCAAAGAAAGGUGUCUACAUCACAGAGAGUUCAAAUUCAACGAUUAUGUUACAUAAUAAUAAUUUAAUUAAGCAUUGAUGAAGCGAUUGACAGUAAUAUACCUACAUAUUAGAUAUUAACUAACUAUCAAUACUGUGAAAAAACUACUCAAAGAUGAUUUCGUUACCGGUUACUAAAAGAAAAAAUGAGGCAUUCAACAGCAAAUGUAAAUUUUGCAGUAGCAACAGAAAGGAAGAAAAAUCCAACAACAUACUCACAGAAGAAAAUAUAACAACAUUUUGCUUCGGUGUUCUUCUACUAUGCUCUACGAUCGCUUUCAUUGAAUAUCUUACAUUAUUCAACCAUUUCAAAAAUAUUUCCGAGGAAUUUAAAGAGGGUAUAUCGGAUUAUGAAGCUAUACAAGAGCGAACAAAAUGCUUCCAGAAUACUUCCAUCAGCGAAUAUCUUUCUUCAUUCUUAUGAACUACAAUCGUCGUAGAAGAAUGAAUUUCAGAAGUCUGUGUUGCAGUAGGCAGGGUUGGUUAUAAACAGACACUACAAUGUAGAUUUGAAAUGAAACUGUGCAAGUAAAUAAUUGUUGAAUUUUCAUAGGCAUAAUCAUACAUGUUUCCGGUAUAUUAUAAGUAAGUAAAUAAAAUUAAUUAUUUAAACUA